AUGAAAAAAAAGAGGAGCAUUCCUCGUCCGACACGAGUAACACAACAAUAUGAUUCAAUCCAAACAAAAGAGAAAGAGAAUAGUCAAAAACAGCCAUGUCCAUCCCGAAUAUUUCUCCCUCGCCUCUCCUCUUCUACUAUAUCGCUUUCUCAAUCAGUCUCAGUUGCACCUAAGAGUCCACCUCAUCAUCUUACACAAGGUUCCAUCCCUCCUUACCUCCCUCCCGCGUCCAUACCACUUAUCCACAAAUGCCCACCUCGUCCUCGAUGCACACAAUCUACCCGCCUCCCAAGUCCCCCUCUACUACACUUCCCCCGCAUAACGGCACAAUACUUCCACACUACACUAUCAGAAGGAAUCCUCCCAUCGUACAAGUGUCCAGUUUGCCAGUGA